CUUACAAGCGAACUGAAAGAAAGCUUUCUCGUUCUCAGUCAGAGUGUCGAUCGUUCCCACUCGUAAACCCUAAACCCAGCCGCCGCCAUGGCCGCCGCCGUCCGCCUCUUCCUGCGCCGCCGCCUCGCCACGGCCACCGCCACGCCUCCGACCCCGGCCUCCAUCCUCAACCCUUCCUCCCCGACCACCCCGCUCACCUCGCGGCAGAAGACCCGCCUCGCCAUCUCCCUCCUCAAGUCCUCCCCGCCGCCGCCCCCCGACCAGAUCCUCUCCAUCUGCCGCGCCGCCGCACUCUCCCCGAAGACCCACCUCGACCGUGUUGCUCUCUCCCUCGCCACCUCGAGGCUCUCCACCGCCCCGGACUCCCUCCGAGACCUCACGUCCUCUCUUCUCAUCCCCCACCACGCCCACCACGCCAUCGUGCUCUUUGGCCAGGCCGGCCUCCUCCCCGACGCCAUCUCCACCUUCCAGUCAUCCCCCUCCACCCGCUCCCUCAACGCCCUCCUCUUCGCCUGCAUCGUCGCCGGCAACCACACCGAGGCCGCUCGCAUCUUCCAGACCUUCCCGGACGCCCACCGCGUCAAGCCCAACGCCGAGACAUUCAACUCCAUUAUAAAAUCCUUCUCCGAGUCCGGCACCACAAGGUCCUUCUACUCGGUGUUCGAUGAAAUGUGCAAGCAGGGCGUGAAGCCCACUGCCACCACAUUUACUGCCGCGAUUGCUGGGUUUUACAAGGAGGAGCGCUUUGAUGAUGUAGAGAAGGUGAUUAAGCUCAUGAAGAAGCACAGUUGUGGCGAGUCACUGCAAGUGUACAAUGCAAGGGUCCAGGGGCUGUGCAAGCUUGGCCGGAAUGGUGAUGCCAAGGCAUUACUGAGUGAGAUGGCCAAGAAAGGGACGAAGCCAAACUGGGUUACUUAUAACCAUUUGAUUUAUGGAUUCUGUAAGGAAGGGGAUUUGGAGGAAGCGAAGCGGCUGUACAAGGAGAUGGGAAAGAAGGGGCUUGUUGGGGAUAGUGGCUUCUAUUUUACUGUCAUUUUUCACCUUUGCAAGGCUGGCGAUUUUGAUACUGCCCUUGGUGUAUACAAUGAGAUAAUACCUAGGAACUGGGUACCCUGCUUCUCGACCAUGAAGAUGCUUGUGAAUGGGCUUGCUGGGAGCUCGCGAAUCGAUGAGGCAAAGGGGAUCAUUGAGAAGAUGAAGGAGAAAUUCCCGGACAGGGAUGAAGGGUGGAAAGAGGUAGAGGCGGCAUUGCCUCAAUAGAAUCACCACUCACAGAUGAAGACUGCGCUGGUCAGUGAUUCAAAUUGAAGUUUGUCGCUGAACGUCCCUUCUCAAAGUGUUUGUUCUUGCGUGCCGAAAAUGUGGUUAGCAGUUGGGAACUGCAAUUACAUUUGAUGGACUGUUCUAAGCACAUGGAGCUUUGUUUAAGAUGUAAUUUUUCUAUUAGAAUAUGCUAGUCCCAGUUGCUGUUAUAAAAUAUCUCCCGUCAAAGAAUUGUUGAGGCGGUUGUCAAAACCAUGACCUUUGAGGUAAGGCACCUGUUCGAUACUUUCUGGAUA